CGUGUGUGUGUUUGUAGCAGUUACUCUAUGUCCGUUAGCGUCAGUUUGGUCAUAGAUUCUUAAAAUGGACACAGACUAUGCCGAACAAACAUCGCCAUAGAAAGAUGUGCAGAGGCGAUGUCUCGGCGUCAAUCUGUCUAAACUGGGGUAAAGUGACAAUCGGACAGCUAGCCCAACAGUGACCGGCUGUCUGUGACUGUGCGUAGCGAGUUCCUGCUCUUCAGUGCCGAGCCCGGCGACAGCGAGGAUGUUCCACAGCUUGGCCCACAGACCAUGGCAUGUGUUCUGCAGGGUCUCCUUGCAGCACAAGGCGUCUCCGAGGUUCCCACAGCUGUGCUACGGUUGGCAGAGUGGAGGCAUACAUAGUCUGUGGUUCAGCCUUCCGGACUGCAGAGUUGCUUCUUUAGGGCUGGGCAAGGUGCAGUACUACUCUACCUCUGGCAACAGUAAAGAUGGUCCUCCAAAAUCAGCAUCAGGUGAUGCUCCAUCAGCAGAAAAGGUCUUGUCUGGUGCUGCAAAAACCGCCACACCUUCAUUAGGCCUCACACCUCAGGGGCUGACUAAAGCUGAAUCAAUUCAAGUGAAAGUUCGGGCAGUCCUGAAGAAAAGGGAAUAUGGACCCAAGUACACUCAGAACAACUUUAUCACUGCAGUCAGAGCCAUGAAUGAGUUCUGCCUCAAACCUAGUGAUCUGGAGCAACUUCGGAAGAUCAGAAGACGCAGCCCCCAUGACGACACAGAGGCUUUCACUGUGUUUUUGCGGUCAGACGUCGAGGCCAAAGCACUAGACGUGUGGGGAAGCCAUGAAGCUCUUGCCCGAGAGAGAAACCUGAGGAAAGAGGUGGAGAGAGAGUACCAAGAGAAUAUUUUUCGGAAUCAACAGUUGUUGAAAGAAUACAAAGACUUCUGGGGAAACACUAAGCCUCGAUCAGGCAAGAGGACAACAUUUCUACAAGGGCCAGGAAAGGUGGUCAUGGUCGCUAUUUGCAUCAAUGGGCUCAAUUUCUUCUUCAAGCUCCUGGCUUGGGUCUACACUGGAUCAGCUAGCAUGUUCUCUGAGGCCAUCCACUCUCUGGCCGACACCUGCAACCAGGGUCUGCUCGCCCUGGGAAUCAGCCAGUCUGUCCGCAACCCAGAUGCUGUGCACCCGUAUGGAUUCUCCAACAUGCGCUACAUUGCCUCCCUCAUCAGUGGGGUGGGCAUCUUUAUGAUGGGAGCAGGCCUCUCUUGGUACCACGGUAUCAUGGGAUUGCUGCACCCGGAGCCCAUUGAAUCAUUGUUAUGGGCAUACUGUAUUUUGGCGGGCUCUCUGGUGUCUGAAGGAGCCACAUUACUAGUAGCCAUCAAUGAGAUAAAGAAGAGUGCCCAAAAACAUGGACUGUCUUUUUAUGAAUAUGUAAUGCAGAGUCGAGACCCCAGCACCAACGUAGUACUGCUGGAGGACGCUGCUGCUGUAUUAGGAGUCAUCUUGGCUGCUGGCUGCAUGGGGCUCACCUCACUCACAGGUAACCCAUACUACGACAGUUUGGGAUCUCUUGGCGUGGGCACACUGCUGGGCACCGUGUCAGCCUUCCUCAUCUACACAAACACAGAAGCCCUGCUGGGUCGCUCCAUACAGGCUGAACGCGUACAGAAGCUUACAGAGUUCCUGGAGAACGACCCCGCUGUAAGGGCCAUCCACGAUGUGAAGGCCACUGAUAUGGGACUGAGUAAAGUGCGCUUCAAGGCUGAAGUUGACUUUGAUGGCCGAGUAGUGACACGGUCAUAUCUGGAAAAACAAGACAUUGACCAAAUCCUUACGGACAUUCAGCAGGUGAAGACCCCCGAGGAGCUGGAGAACUUCAUGCUGAAACACGGGGAGAACAUCAUUGACACCCUGGGAGCUGAGGUGGACCGUUUGGAGAAAGAACUCAAGCAACGUAACCCAGAGGUUCGUCACGUAGACUUGGAGAUACUAUAAUACUUACUGGACUCCGCUGAGGGAACAUCCUAUUGUAUCAAGAAGAAAAGGUGAAAGGAGGACUGAGUCCACCUCCACAAUCUGCCUCCCAUUCUGACCACCUCAAAACAAGCAUCCGUCUCUGCACAAGUCAUCAAGUCUUACCAUAGAAUAGACCAGAACCAAACACAAGGACAACAUCUGAGCAACAAUUGAGCUUUCUUUGUGUUGGCUGAACUUCAGUUAGUGAUACCAGGAGUUCAGCCUGCCAGAGAUCCACUGAAGUGUGAGUGCUUCUGGCUAGAGACUAAGGACUAUUGCUAGUCUCCUUGAAUUUCCAGAGAAAUUGAAAUCUGUGUUGCAGUUCACACAGAUACGACUCUUUAGUCUUGUGAUUGUUUGCGUGAAUUCACAUUCCUGCACGAAUGUGUCUAAACAUGGUUGAAAUCAUGUCUCUGUCUAAAACAAAAUCAGUAACAGGACCAGUAUCACUUACUAGACUUGUACUUUACUUUAAUGUUAUGCUUGAACCACAGUGAUAGUGUUUCCUUCAUUAGUACAAAGGAAACCUGAGAGCUACAUAUUCAAACUAGAUUUAUUUAAUUGCUAGAAAAUAUUGCAAUUGUUUUUUUCUUUUAACGUAAAAACUGAGGAGCUGGAAAUGGCACAAUGCUGCUGCAGGUUCUCUAAUGAAGACAGAAUAUGUGAUGAAUAGAUUUUAUUGCUAUUACAGCAAAAUGCAGAGUAAAAGGUGUUGUUAAGACUUUUCAUUUGAUUUGUUUGAUAGAGUUGAUGAGUGAACUGAUGUGUCAUACAGUAGCACUUAAUGAGCUUCAGCUUAUGUAAAAAAAACUUUUAGAAAACAGAGUGUCCUUUGAUGUUACAAAGACAAGUCUAACAAAUCUAUCAAAUAACCAUUUAUUGGACAUCUUUCUCUUUGCAGAAAGUCAAAUGAUAAGUGUGAACAUCCCUUCAUGCCGUGAAAUGAUAUUAUAGGCAGUGGCAUCUAUUCUUUUUCUCUCGUCUUCUGUCUUUGCCAGCUCCACACUCGGAACUUUGACGUUCUCCAAAUUUGAGGUUUAUUUACUUUGUUUUGAGAAGUUGGCAGCUGAUCAGCGGAUGACUGAUUGUACCAAAGAUGAAGUACAGGAGGAUGCAUUCAGAUCCACUCAGUGUAAAUAAGCGGCCUACGAUGACGAAAACAUACCUAACAAAUGGACCAGCCCCUUAUCAAACAGUUUUAAUUGAGCGUCAGCGUUACGAUGACAUUGUUUUAAUCAUUCAGGACAUCACACUGUACAGUGUGUGUACCAAAAUAGCAGGUAAACAAUCUCCUACUCUGUGUUUCAGCUGAAUAAUCUGUUUAAAACAUACAUCGAAUGUGUUUUUGUUUUCAUUCUGAGUCUGCUGUCAGCAUACGGUCGCAUCUGCAGCACGAGACACACCUGCCUGCUAAACAUCUUAUUUUGCUUCAGGAGGUGGGCCGGAGUCAUUUCAUCUUUUUUGGGAGGGUGGAUAUAUAUUUUUUUGAAGGUGUUAAUAAUAAUGUAAUAUUUACCUUUGGUUAUAACGUUGUUGCCACUGCUGAAGGAGUUGGUAUAAAUUUGAAAGAAUUUAUUAAAUUAUUUUGC